AGUCACCUGGAUUCAACUGACUUUGUGAACGGUUAGCGUUUCGAAAAGCGGCCACAGACAUGACGCUUCAUCACGUGACCACGUGUGCCCUUCUCAUUGGUCUAGCCGUCUCGGCGGUCCCGAACCUAUGCCCUCAGCUCUCGGCUAUAAACCCCAAGCCAGCGACGCUCCUGUACAGUAACCCUGAAAGCUGUGGCUCCUACUUCGUGUGCGUCCAUGGCAACGCCAUCUUGAUGCCGUGUCCGCAGGGGACGCACUUUAACGAAAAGUACAGUACGUGUGUAAAACAGGGCUCGCUGCUUGAUACUUGCACAUCUAAAAUUGACGUCUGUUCAGGGGGCGCCACCCUAGUGCCCCACCCCCAGGCGUGCCAGCGAUACUUCAACUGCUCGGACAACUCAUCACGUGACGGCUCCCCCCUCAAGCCAUACGAGGACGAGUGCCCCUACCCCCAGCUGUUUGAUGUGGGGGAGAAGAGGUGCAAGCCAUACAACACAGCGAUCUGUGGGGCGUCACGAGUACCAGCUAAAGAUCCAUGUGGCUACUUGAAAAACCACUGCUCUGGUAUUUAUUGUGAAGCCUGCAUUAGCAGAUUCCCUUCUUGUGUGGGCCAUCGAAAUGGCAUCUAUGUCCACCCAUUGAAAAAAUGGACGCCCUACUACAUCCGGUGUACCAACGAACGGACUGAGGUCCUCCAAUGUGACUCGCACCCAUCCGGUAGUCGAGGUUUCUUCUCUCCCCUGAAAAAAGAGUGCGUCUCCAUCUGGGAGGUGUCGCCUGACCUGGGGCUGGGCUACGGCCUGGCGCCCACCUGUACAGGUAAACUACCCGGCCAGUACCGGACCGAGGAAAACGCUGUCGUGUACUACACCUGUCCUGGUGCCGAGGUCUUCUACUGCACCAACGGCACCGUCUUCAACGAGGUCACCGCGCAAUGCGAGGCUGUUCCAUCGUUUGAAAACCUCCCACCGGACGUCUGUUCAGGUGGCGCCGAUCUUGUGCCCCACCCGCGGGCGUGCCACCAGUUCUAUAACUGCUCGGACACCUCAUCACGUGACAACUCCCUUCUGGAGCCCCACCAAGACGAAUGCCCGUACCCUCAGCUGUUUGAUGUUGUGGAGAAGCGAUGCAAGCCCUACAGCGCUACACACUGUGGCGCUUCGCGGAAAAACGUCAAAGACCCAUGCGAGUAUCUAAAAAACCACUGUGUGGGGACGUACUGCAACCCUUGCCCAGUGAACUACCCGUCUUGUGUUGGUCUAUCAGACGGUAUCUAUGCCCACCCAUUGAAACAAUGGUCGCCUUACUACAUCCGGUGUACAUUCCAACGAACUGAGGUCCUCCAAUGUGACGUGCACCCAUCCGGAAGUCGAGGUUUCUUCUCUCCCCUGAAAAAAGAGUGCGUCUCCAUCUGGGAGGUGUCGCCUGACCUCGGGCUGGGCUACGGCCUGGCGCCCACCUGUACAGGUAAACUACCCGGCCAGUACCGGACCGAUGAAAACGCUGUCGUGUACUACACCUGUCCUGGUGCCGAGGUCUUCUACUGCACCAACGGCACCGUCUUCAGUGAGGUCGCCGGGAAAUGUGAGGCAGAAGUUAAUAAAAAUAUUAAUCAAUAAAAAUUUUAAAAAUACAUGUUUUAAAAUAUGUUGUUUAAUACUAUCAAAAUGUGUAUGCAAUUAGCUUAAAUUUACUAAAAUAAAGAAAACAAGCUGACCCGCGCCGUAAGAAUACGCA